AUGACCAGGUGGGCUCUGCUGGUGCUGAUGGUCCUGAUGUUGCACAGGGUUCUGGUCAUCCCAGCGACCCCUAUCUCAGCCUUCCAGCUCUCCUCUCACAAUUGUUCCCAGACCACUCCCUGCCCUGUAACCUCAGAGAGGCCCCCAGCCACAACUACAGGCCGCUCAGCUGCCUGGGGCCACUCUAACCCUAGGCCCUGGGCUAGACCAAGCAUUACCCUUUCGCUGGAUGUCCCCCUUGGCCUACUGCAGAUCCUGCUGGAGCAGGCCCGGAUCAGGGCUGCCCGGGAGCAGGCCGCUGCUAACGCCCGCAUCCUAGCCCAUGUUGGCCGCCGCUAA